ACAAAGGGAUACAAAAUGGCUGUUCAGAGACACUGUAGUUAUUGCAAAUGUCAAAGAAAUAUGUACAAUUGACACUAGAAACUAGAGAAUAAUGGCAUUCUGUAUUACAUUCCUCCUACUUCUUACCUUUGGCUGUUCAGCUACAGUUCAGCAGCUUUAUCGGGAAGCGAGAUCUCAGAGCCAAGUGGCACAUGCCCCUGGGAGAUUUGUUCCACAGUAUAGGCCUGCUCAAGAACCAGCCAGAUUUCAACCAAGGCCUGUGCAAUGGCCCUCCAGGGUCCAGACACCGACGCAAGUUCAAAACCCUUUCCUCCAGUCAAAGCAGACCUUCAAUGAGCCUUUGACCUGGAGAUUUCCUGAAGAUCCAGUCAAAGAGGUGCAGUUGGCUAUUGAUGAGCAGAGACCACUGCCUGUGCCUGCCAGUAGCGUUGCAGUUCAAUGUGGGGAGACUGCUGCUCGUGUGGAAGUCAAGCGAGAUCUGCUCGGUAUCGGCCAACUCAUUCACCCAGAGGAUCUUACCUUGGGAGGCUGUGCUGUCACUGGGGAGGAUGCUUCCGCUCAAGUUCUGAUCUUUGUCACUGAGCUGCACGGAUGUGGGAGCACUCUAACGAUGACUGAAGAUUCACUUGUCUAUGUCUUCACACUCCGUUAUACACCAGCCACCCUGGGCAGCAGCCCCAUUGUUCGGACUAGAGAAGUGGUGGUCUGGGUUGAGUGCCACUAUCAAAGAAAGCAUGAUGUGAGCAGUGACUCAGUGAAGCCCACCUGGAAUCCCUAUGCCUCCACUAAGGUUGCAGAGGAGCUCCUCUACUUCUCCCUGAGGCUAAUGACUGACAACUGGCAGUUGGAGAGACCCAGCAAAGAGUACGUCCUUGGAGAUAAUAUUAACUUUGAAGCUUCUGUCGUCCAGUUCUACCAUGUGCCCCUCCGAGUCUUUGUGGACAACUGUGUAGCCACAGUCAUCCCAAACACCAACACUGUCCCAAGAUAUGCCUUCAUCGAGAACCGUGGUUGUCUGGUCGACACCAAGCUGACAGGCUCCAGGUCCCAGUUCAGACCUCGCACCAUGGAUGACACGCUCCAGUUCCAGAUAGAAGCCUUUAGGUUUCAUGUUGUGAACACUGGCUCACUAUACAUUACCUGCCUCCUGAAAGCCACAACAGCUUCAGCCCCAAUUGAUCAUGAGAACAAGGCUUGUUCCUUCUCGAAUGGAUGGAGCGAGGCCAGUAAGAAAGACCAGGUGUGUGGCUGUUGUGACACAGACUGUGGCAUGAGAAGGGAACCGGCUCCAGGUUUCCAGUGGGAGCAGGACAUUUCUGUUGGUCCUCUCAACAUAAAGGAAAAGCUUCUUGACUGAUGGUGUAACUCUCAACUGGACUGACUUUCCUGCCCAAAUGCAUUCUGGAUGAUAAAAAAAUAUCUAGAU